CUUUUUUAAUCAUGGAGUUUGAAAGUAAAAUUUUUUCAUCAAACAUUAUACGAUCUAGUAAUGAAUCAAAGAACAAUUUAUAUGAUAUACUUAAUAUUGUUCCUGUUCAACCUUUGCAAAAAAGUAUAAAAAAUACAACAAAUGAUCAUUGUGAUUACGUACCUAAAAGCGAUAAAAUUUAUGUACCAAAGAAGAAAACUGGCCGGAAGGUCAAAACAGUCAGAAAUAUUCGAAAUGCUUUUGAAAGGGACAUUUAUUGUUAUUUGCCAGCUGAAUUAGAAAAACAACGAAAUAUUUUGUUGCGUAAGAUAAGAUAUGGAUUCUCUAGAGAUGAAAAAACAAAAGAACUUGCUACUAACAUGUUAAAAAAUGAGUCACCCAUAUCAAAAUCCGCUUGGCAAAUGUUGAUGAAUAUAAACCCAGAGGAACAUAAAUAUGCUUCUCAAUAUAUUCUUUGGAAAGGGAAAUGUAUUCAAGUAAAUGGCAGCAAAGGAGGUCAACAUAAGUUUAUUUGCAAUCACGCUGAACAGUUUCAGAAAAAUCAGAAAAAAUCUGUAGCAAAAACUGCUACUUUAAACAAAAGAAGACAAAUGUUGCAUCAUUCACUAAAUAUUAAAUUCAAGCCAGGUCCAUUAACGAAGAAAAAAUAUUUAGACGCUUCGUAUCAGAAAUAUCAGUGCGGUGAACUGGAAUUAGUUAGUUUACCAAAGACUGGUUUAGAAGUUCAAACUUCCUAUGGCAAACCAAUAGCACCUGUAAUCGAUACGUUUAUUAAUAAAUCAUUUUUUCAAAACGAUGGUUCAAUAACACAAAAAUGGGCUGAGUUUGCUGUAUCGGUCAUAGGGAAAAAUGAAAAUGGUAUUCCACAUCAAGAUACAAUCAGUGGAGAUUCUUGUGUAACCUUUGAUUUAAACUACAAAUGUUUUCAAAAUAGAAUCCUAAUGCGUCAUUCUGGGGAUAUUGUAAAUCAGCGAAAUCUUAAUGAAAACUUAAAAACUAGCGCUAUAAAAGAAGAAGAUUCGAUAAUAAACUUUGAAGUUGGUAAGGUUAUGGAGAACGUUCUUAAUGCCGUAGAAAUAAGUUUAAAACAAGAUGAGAUGUACACAGGAGAAGAUGAACCUAGAGUAAUAAUGACUGACAACACCUUGAACACAACUACUCACUCAAGUCAUAAAAACAAAAGAAAUGGGGAGUUGCGUCGACUUGAUGUAACAGUUAUAACGAUUUCCGAGACCUCAGAACCUAGUAAAAAUACUUGUCAAAAUGAUUACUGCACUAUGGGAUGUAUUUGUGAUUCUUUAAAUUGUUCUUAUAAUUUAAAAAGGCACUGCGGGCGGAUGGAAUGUAUGUUCGAGUGUAAAUGUGAUUUUUCUAAAUACAAAUAUAUGAAUUCAUUUGAUACCAAUGAAUGCUCCGAUAUUAUUCCUGAUUUAAUCAACUUGGAUAAAACAUUAGGCCAAACAUUAGCCAAAGAGGAACAUAAAUUUCACCAAACAGUAAUAGUAACAGAUGAAAAAAGUAUUUUAUUGAAAUCAGAUAAAAGAAAUUGGAAAGCAUCCAAAAAGUAUGCGGAUUUUUAUAGUGAUAUGCAUUUAAAAACUGAGCGCAACAUGCCUCAAAUAUUGUCUAUAAUUUGUCCGAACUUGGAUUGUAAAAAUGUGGAGCCCUGGUGCAUGGUACAUAAUUUAUAUAAAUGCUUUUGCAAAGGAAAAUUCACAGAAACUGAUUUGGAUGAAAUUAAAACAGUCGAAAAUGAGAAUAUAAAUACAAAAUCAAUUAUAACUGUUACCGAUACUAGUAUCACUAGUGAUAUAAUUGAAAUAAGUGACGAAGCAAAUGAAUACAAGGAACUAACAAGUGAAGUAAUUAAAUCUAGCAGAUUACGCCGAGCCCGACAAAACUUGCGAUGCGAUAGUUACAAUAAAGAAGACUGUGUUUCAAAGGAAAAUGAUGAUUUCUAUGACAAUAGCUUAUACUCAAAGUGCGCUAGAGUUGAACCUUAUGGUGGCAGAAAAUAUAAUAACGCAUAUUAUAACAAUACCAAUAGAAAGAUAUCGGAAAUGGAAAAGAACGAUGAGAAAUUGCGUAAAAGAAUGUUAAGUUUAAUCAAUUAUGAUGAAGAUUUCGAUAGCAACAAAAGAACUAAAAGUUGUACGAAUAACGAUGAAGGUAAGAAUCAACUAUCAAAUACAAAAGAAUCUUUGCCUGUCCUGAAAGGGACAAGUGAUACAACAACAACCUCAUCAAAUACUGAAAAAGAUGCUGCUUCAACAUUAAACGAAUUGUUAAGUAGCGUAAUAGAACAAAGUCAUAAUGUGACAGAGCGAGCUAAACGUUUGCCUGCUAAAACAAAACUAGUAGCUUGGCUUGAAACGAGUUAUAAACAGUAUAAACAAUGUGUGGAGCUAGGAAUUGUUAAAGUUUCUUUAGAUCCACCGACGUCCGGACGACUAUGUUUAUAUUCUUGGGAGUUUAUUUUAAGUAGGUACAGAGAACGGAAAAAUUAUUUUCUUAUUUCCAAACAAAGACCUUUCCGAAUAUUUAUGACCGUAGAUAUAAACGAACCAUGUUUUGAUAAUUGUACUAAUAUAAGUGACAUAAGUUUAUCCGAUAUAGAUAAAUACCCUGUAACUGUCAAAAAUUUAUUAACAAAUGCAACAGAUUCUAAAGAAAAUUUCUGUAUUUUAUGUGGAUUAGCACAUUGCUGGGAGGUAAUAGGUUCUGUGACAAAAGUAAAUGAAACUCAAAUUUCACGGCCAGAAGAAAAUAGAUUUUCACUUCAAGAAGAAAAUCAAGUGUCACUGCAAGAAGAAAAUCGAGUGUCAUUGCAAGAAGAAAAUCGAGUGUCAUUGCAAGAAGAAAAUCGAGUGUCACUGCAAGAAGAAAGUCGAAUGUCACUGCAAGAAGAAAAUCAAACUGAUCAGUUAAUAAUACCAGAAGAACAAAGUUCACAAUCGAAUACAUCUUAUAGCUCUUACAAUCUGGAAAAUUUGCCAGUUAUUAUUGAUGACGGUACAUAUGAAAAUUUGCCGAUCAUUAUUGAUGACGUUACACAUGAAAAUUCGCCGAUCCAUAUUGAUAAUAGCACAUUAGACAUCUCUUGUAAUGAAGUACUUGAACAAAAUUGUAGUGGCAGUGAAUCUAAAUGGUUUGUCAUGAAAGUAGAAAAUGAUUUUAGUGAAAUUCAGUUCUUUAAGAGAGGAUUCUUCGUCAAAUAUGAGAGUGUUGUUCAAGCUAUAAAUGUGGCAAGAGCUUCCGGUAAAACUGUAAGACUUUCAUCACACAAGUGUUCCACUGACCAUAAGGAUCCACAAUUUGGUAUAUAUGCCAUACCAAAUACUGAAGAUUGUUGCGUUUUUAUAGGACCUUAUGAAAAAGAUGAAAACUUAGGUAUAGAAGCUAUUAAAAAAACUCAGACCAUAGAGACACUUAUUCCUCGAUUACGUACUAGGGGUACCUGGAUAACAACUAAUAAAGUUGAUGAUUUGAAAGUCAUUGAUAACCCAUUACUGUUUAUAUCACCUAGUUGCUUAAGCAAUGACAAAAUGGUGACAUUAGAUAGCGAUUCUACAUUUUAUAAUACUAACGAAAUAACAUCUAAUGUUCGAAAUGUCGUCCCUCAGCUGAAAAACACUAAAGCAACUACAGUAAAACAGGUUAAACCUAUAAAAAUACGAAAGACCAAUGGAUUUUAUCAUCUUACACCAAAUGGGUGCUUAAAACCGAUUAAAUCUCCUGAAAAGAAUUUAAGUAAUAAAUCUUUACUGAUCAAUCGAAAUGUUGGAAGUAUACAAGGCUCCUUGAAGACGUAUGCGUCACCUAGAAUAAAGCUAGGCAUCUCAACAAAACAAAACUCUAAACAAACAAGCAAAGCUGCUGUAUAUACGAAACCAAUCGCAGAAAUUGCUCCGCAAAUCAAAGAACGCAGUGAUAUUAAUAUUCCUAAAGUACAAACCAGAAGAUCAGAAAGUGGUAUGUUUAUAUUAAAACCGGAAGAAAUAAAUAAAAGAUUGUUUGAAAAAGACAUUAUUUAUGAACAGCCACACACUAGCCAGCAAAAUGAAUCUAUCAUUUUAGAGAUCAAAGAUGAACUCUCACUAGAUAUUGAAAAUUUUUUGGCAACAACUGUAGUCCGUUCUGCACCGAGUGAUGAAAUAUUUGUGAUUUCUGAUGAUGAAAAUGACUCAACUCCUAGCGACUGUUCAAAGGGAGACUCCUUUAAAAAUGUUUGGAUAGUCUGCAAAAAUGUUGAAAACCUUGGUUGGAUAGCAGGAAAAAAGAACUCUGGAGACUUAAGUUUCGAAUUUCCGGGUUUUAAAUCUAGUUCAUUUUAUCCUGAAAGUGAAGCAUUGAAAAAAAUUAGCCAAAUAUUUGCAAGAAAAGUGUAUUUGCCAAAGCAUAUAGAUUUAGAAUGGCAAGUCCUAGAAUCGGAAGCUGACAUUAAAACAAGAGAAAAGCUCGAUGCAAAAUUCUUGAAUCCCGAUUAUAUUUUAACUAAGAAAGGUUUAAGACAUAAGUAUGACGUAAUACCAUCAUUAGAUUCUUUAAAGAACGUGGAGUCUACACAAUGCAGCGAGUUCUUGGAAGAAGAUAAAGAAAGUCUGGAGAAAGAAUCACUUAAACAAAAGACGAGAAUUAUGAACGAUCUUGAAGAAACCAGCAAAACCCUGGAAGAGGAAAGUUCUUUUCUUUGGGAUGAAACUAUAUCCAAAAGAGGACAAAUACUGGAGUCUUUUUCAGAAACAUCUGAAGAGCUGCGUAAAGAAUUGGCUGAGCAAUUGAACUGCAUUAUAUUUAACACUGAAGAGUAGGGGUGGGUCUGGAAGGCUAAGUAGUUGCGUCGCUCAAUUGCUGUUGGUGGGAAAAGAGGAAUUGCGUCUUAAUUUGCGUGUUGCGUGUUAAUUUGGAAGUUAGUUCUUGUCAUAUUCUUUAUCUACAGACUGCUCACUUCAUAGUGACUGGUAUCUAUGUUACCUAUUAUGGCAAACUAGACUUGUCAAAAAAGGUCUGUGGACUUGAAUUUUGAGUUUUAAACAUUCAUCAUUGGUCAUUGAAUCGGCUGGCCACACUAAAUAGCCAUAUUUAAGAAAAGUAGAGGAACAAACUUUAUUUUUUUAUUAUGGAUCUCCCUACUGCUUCUCGGGCAGUGCUAUGUUGUCAAGUGUAUGUUUUAGAUGUCUGUUAAAGGUUUAAGGUCCAAAAAUGGCUUCUAAAAAAGAUAACCUGUUUAUUCGUCACUAAGUUGCAGUGUGGCAAGUGCUUACACAAACAAAAUUUAAAUUACAAAAUUGGGGGUUUAUAUUCAAUUUCCCUAGAAUACGUCAUUAAUAAAAUUAUUCAUCUAUACAUAUUUCGUAAAAAAGAUCUCGAGAAUUUCUUGUUGUACCUAAUAUCGUCGCUGAGCAUGAAAAUUCCGCUAUGUGGAAAAUCAUAAGUUUUCAGGAGACUCUUUUAAACUAUUUUUUUUUUUAAAUAUGGUCUACUUUUAGAUCAAAAUCGCAUAACUAAAAAGAUUAUCUCUUAGAAUGAAUGAGAAUGCUAAAGAACGGGUUUCUACAUGUACACACGCCUUUAAAACCAAACAAAAUUACAUUAAGAAAACGUAAAUCCUAAAAAAUAUAUAGCGGAUUUCGCAUGCGCAGCAACGAUAUACUUAUCUAUGUAUAAUGAGGUUUUAUGGAGAUGUACCUACGUUAUUUAUUAUUUAGAUCAGCAGCAUAUAUUCUGUGAAUUAAUUUGAGUUUUAAAAACUAAUAAUUUUACUCAAACACACGACAUACAAACUAAUAAUUUUACUCAAACACACGACACGACACAUGUAAUGCGCGACAGGUUGAGAUGGCAACCGGGAUGGGGAUGCCCGCACACCCGCACAGCCCCCGCGCUAACCCGCUGCGACUGAGCGCGGGUGGCAUGCGGGUGUGCGGGGCGUCUCCCCGCCUCAUACCCCGAUUGCUAUCGCAAUAUUUCGCUGUAUACUACUUUUUGUUACAAGUUUAUAGAUAUGACUAGACUAGGUAUAUAAGAUUUUAAAUAUGUGCAUAUAUUUUACUUUCACAUUUUAGUUGAGACCAAUUACACUCGUUGGAAUCAAAUCGUAACUUUGUAUAAUUGCUUUACAUUAGGUAGGUAUACUUUCAUGGAUAUUUUAACAAGCAUGGCAGUAUAACAACAUAAGCAGAAACAUGCCAAUAAGUAAUUAAUUGCUAUGUUACGAUUUGACUCUAACCACAGCUAUGGGUUGUCUCUUUACAUACUUACGAGAUAAGAUGUACAAACGGUUUUUUUAACUUUAUCAUACCUAGCGAUGUUUAUAUGGUUUAGGUUAAGUAGUUCUCUUAAGUUACUUUAGCUCCUAAUAAAGACUGUUAAUUUUUAAUUCUAAUAUUAGUGAAUAUUUUACUACUUACCUUACACUACUUAUAGAAUAGGACCGGGUAGGUAGUAGGUACUACUUACAUGUUUUCGGCAAAAAGCAAAGUCUAUAAAAAAUACGGCCUGUUAUAGGCGGAAGGCAACCGGUGACACCGAUUCAAGCCAGUGUUCAGAAGCAUCAUAUGGGAUAGGUAUAGUACCCGACAGGUCGAGAUGGCAGUCCUGGUGUGUGUGGGGGGGGGCUAUCCUAUGCCGGGUUACCGCAGGGACUGUGCAAGAUAUGCAGGGCGUCCCCACCUCGAUUGCUAUCUCGACCUGUAGCGUACUAUAGGUAGGUAUGUAUAGUGUGCGCAAAACAAAUAUGUACCUAGUCCAAUAUGAAAUUGCAACGUAAUGGUUUGCGCAGGUCAUAGACAAAGGAUAGGAAAGGAAUAUACACGAGUUGAGAUCCGUUUUUGUGUAAUGCCCAGUGAUACGCGUCAAAUUGGACUAUGUUCAGGUAGUCGAGCUGACAUAGGCGCUCUCUCUUGCACAAUUGUACAGAAGUGGAAAGGACGCACUAUGAUCGUGACUGGUCAGUGGGCGUGACUAUCCCUAAAAAUAUAAGGGUACGUUUAUAUUGCUCAGUACAAAACACCUUGAAGAUUGCUAGCUUUUGCCCGUGUGACCGUAGGGUCUCGAGAUAAAAUAAUAAUUAGAUCUUUUAACUGUUAAUGAAUUAUUUUACACCUAUGUAUAAAUAAAAUAUUGAAAUUUAGAAAAGAAUCCAGUGAGCAAGCCAGUCAAGUCAACGUAAAAUCAAAACAAACCAAAGUAAGGAGCACUAAACGACACGAUACUGCAUGAGCACAGUUCACUAUAGUUAGGAAACUUGUAACAAAACGUCGAGACUUCAGCGCCACUGGUAGGCGUCAAAUGUUACCUAAAUUUGACGCUCGGUAGGCUAUGGAGAACUAUUUUACUUUGAUUUCACAUCACUCCUAGCCCAAUAUUUGACAAAUGUCGAUUCAGAGUCAAAACCAUAGAGAUAUAUUCAUCCAUGGUCAAAACCCAGUUCCUCGCUUUUGCCGUGCCAUGCCGUGCGUAUGUCGGCGAGCGCCGACACAGAGGGGGUCCAUACUUGUAUAGUUUAUCUAACUUGUUACAAAUAACUUCAAACUUGACAUUGGCUAAUCUUUGUAAAGCCAGACGAGAGAGAGAAAAAAAUAAAGACAUUUUGGUCGCAACGUAAACGUGCCCUGUGUGCGUUAUCUCAUAUCUGCGACCAAUGCCGUGCGGUUUCUUACUUUCCAGGUCCCUGUUAGCUCGUUUCGAUGAACAGAGUGUAAGUACUUGUUUUGAAUGCACUAUACUUACCUACUUGCGAUGCAACACAAGUCAGUCAGUGUCUGCAAGUUUGGCGCGUAUUUAAGUAGGUUUUCGCGGCCUAUAAUUUACGCCCUAGUCAAAUAUCAAUAAAACAACAUGCGAAUUGUUUGAACCCACAAAGAAGGCAUUUAAUUCUUUUUUUAUAUAAUGUAAUUCUCAACGUGUUCAACAACUGAUAGCGGAUACUAAUUAGGUUAAGUGAAAAAUAAAAAUAAAAACGAAUAUAGUGUUACUUCUUUUUAAGAUAUGAUUAUUGAUUAUAAUAUUUGUCCGUCAACCAUUAAAAAAUUGCAGGGAUACGAUAUCAAUAGGAGGUAUUAGACGUGUCAAUUUAGUGAAUAAAGUCACAUAACCUAGGACCAUUUACAACAAGGUCUGUGAAUGGUUUUCGGUAACACCUACGUAGGUCCUACUCAUGAACAAGAAAAGUCUACCAAAACCGGUCAACGGAAAUGAGUUAUUAUAAAAAUGGCCGCUAACAUUGAAAAACUGAAAAAUUUAACCAAAUCCAAAUCAAGAUAAGUUCAUUUGAAAAAGAGUUGGUACUUAAUAAUUUUACUCUUUUUUUUUGCGUCCAAAAAAUUACCGAUAUCGAUUACCCGGUAUGUGACUUCACCUCACUAGAAAAUUGCCAUGUCGCGAACUAUAGUGCUGUCCUGUGAAGUUGUUAUUUCAUUUUGUUACCGGCAGGACAUUAAUCUGUGAUAAGUGCAGUUUUGUUUGAUCAAGGCAGAUUAGUUUUAAUAUUAGGUACCUACUUACCUAAUGGGCUUUGUGAAAAUAAAGACGUUUUAGUAGGUAGUAAGUACAGAAUGUAGAUUUGGCGACUUAGGUAUAUUAUAGAUAUAGUGUAAUAAUACCAUUACAUAGUACGCUAGGGCGUGCAAUACAAAAUGACAGUUUGUGCCGAUUCGAAUCCGAGCAUUCCGGAAAUUAAUAAAAUUGAUACGUCAGUUGCUCCUGUGUUGACAGAUAUAUUCUGUCAAUCACAAAUUUUUACUUAGUUCUGAGAACGCUCACAUGACGCUUACGAUGCUUACUGUUGCUAUCAGCAAAAAAAAAAACAAAAUUCAAAAUAUUUUUAUUCAAUUAGACUUUUACAAGUUCUUUUGAAUCGUCAAAA